CCGCGGCGAGCGCCGCCCGGUUCCGCGGAGCCGGAGGAGGCGGAGCUGGCUUGCCCCGGCUCCAGAGCGGAGCGGCUGCGGAGGAGACGGUGCGGCUGGUCCGGGCGGCCCAGGCUCGGGCGCGGAGGCCCGGGAGGCUGGCAGGGGGCGGCGGUAGCGCGGAGAGAGCGGCGCCACGGGCGGGGCGCUCCCGGCGUGAGGCGUGCGCUCCAUGCGUGCGGGCCGAGCGCGGCCCCCGCGAGCCUCCGACAUGAAGAAAGACGUGCGGAUCCUGCUGGUGGGAGAACCCAGAGUUGGGAAGACAUCACUGAUUAUGUCUCUGGUCAGUGAAGAAUUUCCAGAAGAGGUUCCUCCUCGGGCAGAAGAAAUCACCAUUCCAGCUGAUGUCACCCCUGAGAGAGUUCCAACACACAUUGUCGAUUACUCAGAAGCAGAACAGAGCGAUGAACAACUUCACCAAGAAAUAUCACAGGCUAAUGUCAUCUGCAUAGUUUAUGCUGUUAACAACAAACAUUCUAUUGAUAAGGUAACAAGCCGAUGGAUUCCUCUCAUAAAUGAAAGAACAGACAAAGACAGCAGGCUGCCUUUGAUAUUAGUUGGGAACAAAUCUGAUCUGGUGGAGUACAGUAGCAUGGAGACCAUUCUUCCUAUUAUGAACCAAUACACAGAAAUAGAAACCUGUGUGGAGUGUUCAGCAAAAAACCUGAAGAAUAUAUCAGAGCUGUUUUAUUAUGCACAGAAAGCUGUUCUUCAUCCUACAGGGCCUCUGUACUGCCCAGAGGAGAAAGAGAUGAAACCAGCGUGUAUAAAAGCCCUCACUCGUAUAUUUAAAAUAUCUGAUCAAGAUAACGAUGGCACUCUGAAUGAUGCUGAACUCAACUUCUUUCAGAGAAUUUGUUUCAACACUCCUUUAGCUCCCCAAGCCCUGGAGGAUGUCAAGAAUGUGGUUAGAAAGCACUUAAGCGAUGGUGUGGCUGACAGUGGGUUGACGCUAAGAGGUUUUCUCUUUUUACAUACACUUUUUAUCCAGAGGGGGAGGCAUGAGACUACUUGGACUGUACUUCGGCGAUUUGGUUAUGAUGAUGAUCUGGAUCUGACGCCUGAGUAUUUAUUCCCCCUGCUAAAAAUACCUCCUGAUUGUACUACUGAAUUAAAUCAUCAUGCAUAUUUGUUUCUCCAAAGCACCUUUGACAAACAUGAUUUGGACAGAGACUGUGCUUUGUCGCCCGAUGAACUUAAAGAUUUAUUUAAAGUUUUCCCUUACAUACCUUGGGGACCAGAUGUAAAUAACACAGUUUGCACAAAUGAAAGAGGCUGGAUAACCUACCAGGGAUUCCUUUCCCAGUGGACGCUCACAACCUACCUAGAUGUACAGCGUUGCCUGGAGUAUUUGGGCUAUCUAGGAUAUUCCAUACUGACGGAACAAGAGUCUCAAGCUUCAGCCAUUACAGUAACAAGAGAUAAAAAAAUUGACCUGCAGAAAAAACAGACUCAGAGAAAUGUGUUCAGGUGUAAUGUAAUCGGAGUGAAAGGCUGUGGGAAAAGUGGAGUUCUUCAGGCUCUCCUUGGAAGAAACCUGAUGAGGCAGAAGAAGAUCCGUGAUGAUCAUAAGUCCUAUUAUGCAAUUAACACUGUCUAUGUAUAUGGACAAGAGAAAUACUUGUUGCUGCACGACCUCUCAGAGUCGGAAUUUCUGACUGAGGCUGAGACCAUUUGUGAUGUUGUAUGCCUGGUAUAUGACGUCACCAAUCCCAAGUCCUUUGAAUACUGUGCCAGGAUUUUUAAGCAACAUUUUAUGGACAGCAGAAUUCCCUGCCUAGUUGUAGCUGCAAAGUCAGACCUGCAUGAAGUCAAACAGGAACAUAGUGUAUCACCGACAGAUUUCUGCAGGAAACACAAAAUGCCUCCACCUCAGGCCUUCACUUGCAAUACUGCGGAUGCACCCAGUAAGGAUAUCUUUGUUAAACUGACAACAAUGGCCAUGUAUCCAGAGGAUCAUUACAGAGGCAGCCUCUCCCGAGACAUGGGCAGCACUGAUAGAAUAGAGAAUUUGAGAAAAAUCUGGGUCUUUCUAAAAACUGCUUUCCAUGCCCGGUUACGCUGUAUGUGCACCUGCAACAGGUGUACAUUUUGCAUCUGUCAGAACUUCCUCAACUCAGACUUGCUGCAAUCUGUAAAGAACAAAAUCUUCACUGCAGUUCUUAACAGGCACGUGACACAAGCUGACCUCAAGAGCUCCACGUUCUGGCUUCGAGCGAGUUUUGGUGCUACUGUUUUUGCAGUUUUGGGCUUUGCUAUGUACAAAGCAUUGUUGAAACAGCGAUGAUUAAAAAAAAAUAACCGGCCUACCAAAAACAAAUACAUUUAUGUACAUUCUGAAUGCUUUAAAUUCUGCUAGAAAUAAUUGAGAUAUUUAUACAUGCAGAGUUACUUUAUUAAUAUUUGUAAUUCAUGCAUAAGAGUAUUUUACUGAUAGUAAUGACUGCAGUAUUUGCUAGCAUGUGGAAAGAAAACACCUUAGUAGCCAAACUUAAGUGGCUAAAUUUCAGAGGCCAAAAGGGAAUAUUUUGUAAAUAAUGUAUAUAUUCAAGCAAGAUGUGGUCUCCCAAGCUGAAUUCUAGAAACGGUGUUUCCAGACAUUUCUACAUUAGUGUUAUAGUGUUCACUUGGCUCACUCUGCUAGGUUUCAGUCACCCCAGAGAUUACGUUCACUCAUGGAUGACAUUUACUUCAUGUUGACUCAGAACGAUCCUUUGGCUUCCAUAGCCUUUUCUCUCCAUUUUUAAGAUCACACAGAAAUCAAGGUCAGCUUUGUAAAACCGCUUCAUUUCCAUCACUUAUGGUAGGCCAGCAUCGAAGCCAUUGUGAAAUCUAGAAAGUUGUGUACCUGAGUGUGUGGCUGAGGACCUGAGGCAGAAAGCAGGUAGCAGAGGUGUUACCUAUGUCACUACAUUGCUUCUUUGUCAAGUGUGUGGGAUUUUAUAGCCCUUUCAAUCAAAUGGGGAGAACAAUUUGUAUAUUAUCAAUGUUUUUAGUUACAAUAAACAAGCCACCCUGACCACUGCUGACUCACGCCAAGGGAAACCGUCCUGUAAUGGUCUGUCGUAGCAUAUCGCCAUAGCUGCAUGUGUCGUCAAGUGUUCUGUAUCUGGCCAGGAUAAUCUAGAGGCAACACUUUUUUAAUGGUAAAAUAAAUCUAAUGGAUAUAAACUAUCACAAUAAACCUAUUUUUUCCAUCAUUGACCUUUUCAAGUGUUUAAAUAAAUAACUGCUGUGUACUGUGA